GUAGUUGAACGUACCUCAUCAUCUUGCACUUCUGCGCUUCUUUGUGCCAGACCGUUGACGAUUUGUUUGUUCUUGGCGUAGCGUUUGCUCCCUUACAUCAUCGACUCUCCAACGCCCUUUCUUCAGAUGGCCGAUCCAAACAACCAACUACGCCCCUCGAGUAUGGCGGACUCGGAAAAGACCGCCACACCUAGCGUUCCACCUGCUGUCACAGAGGAGAAGAAGGGUCCUGUUGAAAUAGUGCUUCCUGCCACCACAACUGCCGUUGAUGCUACACGGCCUAUCACCGGUGAAAAGGCAUUGACUUCACGACCCGACUCGGCAGUCGUCCCUACGGAAGAAGAGGAGGACAGUUUCGAGUACCCGACCAAAUGGAAGCUGGCAGCAAUCAGUAUUGCAUUGUGUCUGAGUGUGUUUUGCAUGGCUCUCGAUAACACAAUCAUCGCAACCGCUAUUCCUCGCAUCACGGACGACUUCAAGGCCCUUAACGAUGUUGGCUGGUAUGGAUCAUCCUACCUGCUCACCACUUGCGCGACGCAACUCUUCUAUGGAAAGCUGUACACUUUCUUCUCGAUCAAAUGGGUCUACCUCAUUGCGCUCUUCAUCUUCGAACUCGGCUCCUUGAUCUGUGGUGUUGCGCCAAACUCGAUUGCUCUCAUCAUUGGUCGUGCGAUUUCUGGUGUAGGUGCGGCUGGUAUCUUCUCUGGAGCCAUCUUGAUCAUCUCGGUCACUGUGCCGCUGCGCCAACGCCCAACAUACAUGGGACUCAUUGGUGGCAUGUACGGUAUUGCGUCUGUUGCUGGUCCACUUAUGGGAGGAGCCUUUACCGACCAUCUUUCAUGGCGAUGGUGCUUCUACAUCAACCUUCCUUUCGGUGCUGUCACAGCAGCUUUCAUCGUCCCCUUCCUCAAUGUCAAGCGCCGCGGCGCCAAGGUCCAGGCUACAUGGAAGCAACAACUCCAGAAGUUCGAUCUUCCCGGUACUGCGUGCUUUUUGCCAGCCAUCAUCUGCUUGUUGCUUGCUCUCCAGUGGGGUGGCAGCAAGUAUGCAUGGGGCAGCGCGCGCAUCAUUGUGCUUCUCGUCCUCUUCGUUCUCUUAGUCUGUGGAUUCAUUGCCAUCCAGUGGUGGAAGCAGGAGGAUGCUACUGUCCCCCCUCGCGUUUUCCUCAACCGUAACGUAUGGGGCUCUGCAUGGUUUGGUGCCAUGCUGGGUGCAGCUUUCUUCCUCAUCGUCUACUAUCUCCCCAUCUGGUUCCAGGCAGUCAAGGGAGCAUCGGCUACCAAGUCUGGUAUCAUGAAUCUUCCCGCGAUUCUCGGUCUCGUCAUCAUCUCCAUGCUUGCUGGUGGCGCCGUGACCACUCUCGGAUACUACACGCCGUUCAUGCUCCUCUCUUCGGUUCUCAUGGCUAUUGGUGCUGGUCUGCUAUCAACCUUGGAGGUUGGCAGUGGAUCUGCCCUGUGGAUCGGUUACCAGUUCAUCUUUGGUGCGGGUGUCGGUUUUGGCAUGCAGCAAACCCUCGUGGCGGUUCAAACGGUGCUUCCUGUGGACGAUAUUCCCAUUGGUACUGCAAUCAUGAUGUUCUGCCAAACACUCGGGGGCGCUCUCUUCAUCUCGGUCGGCCAGAACGUCUUCACCAACCAGCUCAUCAAGAACCUCAGCAGCGUGGUACCGGAGCUCAACGCCCACAUCGUGCUCAGCGUCGGCGCAACAGAGCUCAAGCAUGUCAUUGAUCCCAGGUUCCUACCUGGUGUGCUCACUGCGUACAACACGACGCUGACGCAGACAUUCUACGUCUCAGUAGCAUGUGGUGCUAUGUCGAUUGUUGGUGCCGCGUUUGUGGAGUGGAAGUCGAUGAAGGGCAAGCAAAUACAAAUGCACGCAGCUUGAGCGAAGCCAACGGACCGAGAGGAUAAGACGGAAUCGACCGACCUAGGCCACUUUAAAGUGUAAUCCGACUUCACGAAUUAUUGGACGAUGUGAUCGUCUGUUGUAUGAUACCCCUUUUCGUCGGAAUUUUCUGCUGGCAAGUCAGCACUAGUAUAGGGUACAAGCGCGGCGUCCGGUUGGUUUGGCA